AUGCUCCGUGUUGGCAGCUGCAGCAGCAGCCCUCCACAGGAGAAGAGGAUUGUUGCUUGGUCGGGUCGGAAGCAAAAGCAACAUUGGACGAACUCAGAGCGUUAG